AGUACGGCUGCCAUUUGAUGUUUUCAUGGCACGAGUGGAGAAAAAGCAGUUUUGUCAUUCGGUGAAAUUCCAGUUUUGAAAUAACAAGAAAAUACUCUUUACACAGCCAUGCGGCGAAGUAAGGCCGAAGUGGAACGCUAUAUUUCUUCAGUACAGAGUUCCUCUCCUUCACUCAAAGAGAAACCAAUUAAAGGAUUUUUAUUUGCUAAAUUAUACUUCGAGGCUAAGGAGUAUGAACUUGCUAAAAGACAUGUAUCGGCAUAUCUGACUGUGGCCGAGAGAGAUCCCAAAGCACACAAGUUCCUGGGCCAGCUUUAUGAGAGGGAAGGAGAUAUCAACAAGGCAGUAGGAUGUUACAAGCGGUCUGUGGACCUGAACCCAGCCCAGAGGGACCUGGUUUUGAAGGUGGCUGAGCUGCUGGUCGGUAAGACAGAGCGAGACAGCAGAGCAGAGUUCUGGGUGGAGAAAGCUGCCAAGUUGCUGCCAGGAAACCCUGCUGUCUUCAACCUCAAGGAGCGUCUACUGAAUCGACAGGGCCAGCAGGGAUGGAACCAGUUGUUUGACCUGCUGCAGGCAGAGCUGGCUAUGCGACCUGGCGAUGCCCAUAUCAAUGUAAAGCUGGUUCAGCUGUUCUCUUCUGAUGGCAGGCUGGAGGAGGCUGUCAAACACUGUCUGGCCACAGAGAAGAGAGGCCUGCUUAAAUCCAGCUUGGACUGGUACUCUACUGUAGUACACACUCUACAGGAGUUCCUAGCCCAGCCCAGUGUUUCAUCCAAUGAGAAGACGAGUAGACCUUUGCAGAGAGAGCUACUUUUGGCCCACUGCAGCCUGCUGAGACUGACCCUGUCGGGAAAAGGACUGCAGCCUAGCAUCAAGGCCCUCGGGAGUUUUGACUGUGCGAUGCAGGGCCUGAAGAAGACAGCGUGCAGUGUAACCGAUGAUCUGUCUGGGGUCUAUGUGGAGAUGAGGGGACAUCUGUACCUGCAUGCUGGCACUCUGCUGCUGAAGAUGGCUCAGGAAAGAAAAGAGCAGUGGAGGGCUGUCAUUGACCUGGCUGCUCUCUGCUAUUUACUGGCUUACCAGGUCCCCAGGCCGAAGAGCAAGGUGACUAAAGGGGACCAGUCUCCUCCUCAGCAUCUGGAGCUGCUAGCCAGUGACAGACAGAGCCAGGCUGGACACAUGCUGCUUAACCUCAACCCUGACACACAUACCUUUGUCAGAGAGGUGGUGGAGGCGUUUGGUAACCGUAGUGGUCAGGGCUCUUUGUUUGAGCUUUUGUUUGGGCUUCAGGCUCCGGCUGGGACUUCCUUCAUUGGCAACGACGACAUCCGCUCCAUCAACACACAGGCUCCAGCAAUAUCUGACCUCAUCAAAUGGGACAACGGCUCCAUCCAGCUCCAAGGAGGGGACCUCCAGCAGCUGUGUUGGCUGGGCCUCCAGUGGUCUCUCCUGGCCCAGAGGCCUGCUCUGAGGGACUGGCUCAAACAGCUGUUCCCCAGGCUCAUCCUGGAGACCUCCAAACUGGACACCAACACACCUGAGUCCAUCUGCCUGCUAGACCUGGAGGUGUUCCUGUGUGGGGUGGUGUGGUGCAGUCACACCCAGCUCCAGGAGAGGGCCAGGAUCAGUUCUACUGGUCAACAGCAACUCAAUGAGCCCCGCUGCCUGCCCCUGCCCCUCCUCCGCUUCCUUUCCACAGACAGACAGAGGGACUGGUGGGACGCCGUCUACAGCCUCAUACAUAAACGAGCUGCGCCUGGCAUGUCAGCCAAACUAAGGAUGACUGUUCAACAUGGACUAAGCACCCUGCGAGCUGGAGAGAAACAUGGCCUUCAACCAGCCCUGCCCAUACACUGGGCCCAGCACCUCAGCUCAACGGGGGUUGGUGUGAACUCCUACUAUGACCAGAAGGAGUACAUAGGGCGUAGUGUCCACUACUGGAAGGUGGUGCUCCCCCUGCUGGACAAGAUCAAGCGGAGACGCAGCAUCCCUGAACCCCUGGACCCCCUCUUCAUACACUUCCCCUCUAGAGACAUACAGAUCCCAUCAGUGAAGGGCUUUGAGGAGGAGGCCAUGAUAGCGUUUGCGACCCUCUUGGACGUCGAGGGGAGGACAGAGGAGGCUGUCACUACCCUGGAGACAAUCAACAACAUCUCAUCUAACUGGCACCUAGCUAGGAUCUUCCAGCGUCUGUCUGAGGAGGCCGGUAGCGGGGUGGAGGAGACUCAGGACAGGUGCAUCAUGUUCCUCAGGAAGUUUAGAACUUACCUGUCCAAGAUCUACAACGCCAACGCUGACGACAUGGACAAGCUGCCCGUUUCAAUGGAAGAGGUGAUGGAUCUCCUGAACGAUGUGAACCAGCAGCUAGGGGAGAGUGGAGAAGCAAUGGAUGAAGAGGAGGAAGAGGGCAGAACGGUCCACUUCAGCCCACAGUUUACUGAGCCUGCUGCCUCAGUCUCUCACAUCAAAUUCGCCCCUUUAACCCCCUCCCCCAGCAACAGCUUUGUCCCUCCCUCCAAAAGACACCUGAUUUCCCCCAAGACGCCACCUCAUUGGGCGGAGGACCAGAAGUCCCUCCUGCAGAUGCUCUGCCAGCAGGUGGAAGCCCUUAAGAAUGAGGUCCAUGACCUGAGACAUAACUCGUCAGACAGCAUGGCGUCACCCCACCAAAGGAUGUUUGGAGAUGGGUAUGGGCCUGACAUGCAGGAGGGCUACCCCCCAACACAGACCUUCCAUGGAGCACCCCUCACCGUUGCCACCACACAGGCCCCUUCUAUGUAUUUCAAUCAAUCCCCUGCUUAUAACUCCGGACAGUAUCUCCUUCGUCCUGCAGCCAAUGUUACCCCAAUAAAGCCUCCUGUGUAUGGAAUCAACCGCCUGCCACCCCAGCAGCACAUGUAUGCGUACCAGCAGCCCACUAACACACCUCCCCUGCAGUCAACACCAGCCUGCAUCUACCCUCCUCAAGACCAGGUCUUUGGUGUCCCCCUCCGCUUCGAGUCACCAGCAACCAGUCUACUCUCCCCAUACAGUGAGGAAUUCUACGGCCACUCUCAGCCCACCACCAACCCUCCCCUCCCUGAGCCUGGCUACUUCACCAAGCCCUCAGUUGUACCUGUUCAACCACCAAAGAGCAUUGAGGGGAAGCCUGUGGACUUUGGGAAGAUCUCCUUUGGCCAGCAUGUCCCUGCUGAGCCUCUUACGGUGCCUAGCUUUGGUGCUGGAGUAGUUGCCCAGUCCACUCCAUCAUCUGCUGCCUUUAAAUUCAACUCCAACUUCAAAUCCAAUGAUGGGGACUUCACCUUCAAGGCCAAAAACAGUGAGAACCUGUUGGGGCUUCUGACGUCAGACAUUCCCACUAAAUUUGAGGGCCCUUCAGAGGUGAAGCCUCCUAGCCAGGGAGGGAUAUUUAGCUUUGGCACUAAAAGCGCAGUAGGCUUCUCCUUCACUGAUGCAGCCCAGAGUCGGGACAAACCAAACCUGUUUGAAAAAAUUGAACAGCCAAAUAGUUUCACUGAUCUGACCAAGCCGGUAUUUGGGCUGGAAAACACAGCGGUGGAGAAAGGACCGGAGAGCGAUAACGACAGCACUCAUGUGGAGGAGGAUGAGGAUGGGCCUCACUUUGAGCCCAUUGUGCCCCUCCCUGACAAGGUAGAUGUGAAGACUGGAGAGGAGGAAGAAGAGGAGAUGUUCUGUAACAGGGCCAAGCUGUUCAGAUUUGAUGCAGAGACUAAAGAGUGGAAGGAGAGGGGCAUCGGCAUAGUCAAAAUCCUAAAGCACAAUACAUCAGGGAAAGUGCGUCUGCUAAUGAGGAGGGAGCAGGUUCUGAAGAUCUGUGCUAACCACUACAUCACGCCAGAUAUGCUCCUUAAACCAAAUGCUGGCUCUGACAAGUCCUGGGUCUGGAAUGCCAUUGAUUAUGCAGAUGAGGAACCAAGGCCUGAGCAACUGGCCAUCCGGUACAAAACGGCAGACGAGGCAUUGCUCUUCAAAACAAAGUUUGAAGAGGCUCAGAAGAUCGUUCCCAAAUUUCCAGAAAAGCGGCAAGAUCAGCCAGGUAGGAAAGAAACUUCUCCUAAUUCAUCUCCUCCUCAGGCGACAAACUUUGCUGCCCAGUUUGCAAAGAAGGACGGGGAGUGGGAUUGCGACGUGUGCUGUGUAAGAAAUGCUGCUACAAUUAUGCAGUGUGUUGCCUGUCAGACAGCCAACCCUAAUUCCCCGUCAGAGACCAACAGCAAACCGGCUACUGAAACCAAAGGCUUGACUAGUGGGGCAGCUUCAGUGAGAGGAUUUACUUUUGGAUUUGGACCUGACUCGCCAAAAGACACCAGCAGCGCAGGAUCUAUUGGAAAGGGAUUUGGGGCUUUUGGAGCUCAAAUACCCUCCUCCUUUACUUUUGGAACGAGUGGCACCACUUCUAUACCUGCUGCUGGUUUUGGAGCCCAGUCUGGUAAGAAGAAAGAAACCACAGCAGAAGUAGCAGCAGAAUCAAAGCCCUCAACCAUUCCAUUUAGUUCUGGAUUUGGAGUGCAGUUUGGCAAAAAGCCAGGGCAGUGGGAGUGUGACACAUGUCUUGUUAGAAAUGAGGAAUUUGCAAGCAGUUGUGUUUCUUGUCAAACUCCAAACCAAGCAGACAAAACUGUUGUAGAUGGAGCAGCAGCAUCAAUGCCCUCAACCAUUCCAUUUAGUUCUGGAUUUGGAGUGCAGUUUGGCAAAAAGCCAGGGCAGUGGGAGUGUGACACAUGUCUUGUUAGAAAUGAGGAAUUUGCAAGCAGUUGUGUUUCUUGUCAAACUCCAAAUCCCACUGCAAAAUCAACAGUAGAGGUAGCACCACCACCAAAGCCAACAGUGUCGGGCUUUGGUGAUCUUUUUUCUAAGAAGGACAGACAAUGGGACUGUGAUACCUGUCUAGUGAGGAAUGAUGCAUCAGCCUCUAAGUGUAUUUCCUGCCAGACACCCAAUGCUAGCAGCACCCCCUCUCUUGGGGCCAUGUUUUCCAAACAGGGGGGACAGUGGGACUGUGACACAUGUCUAGUCAGAAACGACGGCUCUGCUAGUCAAUGUGUCUCCUGUCAGGCACCCAAUGCUAAGAGCACAGCCACCCCCUCCAGCUCAUCCUUCAGCUUUAGCUUUGAAAGUCAAAGUACAUCUACUCAGCCCGCAGGCACUGCAUCCUUCAAGUUUGAGACCCCUCAGGCUGAAAGCAGUGGCCCCAAUGCUGCAGGCUUCUCUUUCACCAUGCCCGUCCCAGCAGGUGGCUUUAAGUUUGGCACUCAGGAAACUGCAAAGGAAACCCCACCAGCUGAAACUCAGACUCCUGCUUCAGGGUCUGCGUCCAUGUUCCUGAAGAAUAUCGCAGAGCAGCACAGAGGGAAAGAGAAGGAAUCUGGCGUCAGUGUAUCUGCAUCAGUGCUGUCGGUGGACAACACCAAUCAGGAUGAGAAUCUCCUCUUCACUGGCAAACCCAAUGACUUCAGUUUUGCAGAUUUGGCUAAGAACUCACAAGGAGACUUCAAGUUUAAACCGACCGACUCCAAUUUCAAAGGCUUCACCCAUGCUGGCGAGCAGCUGUUCACAUCCCUUCAGUCAAACCAGUGGGCAGACACAUCUGCUGACCAGGAUGAAGAGGACAUAUACAAAACAGAGGAGAAUGACGAUAUCCAGUUUGAGCCUGUGGUCCAGAUGCCUGAGAAAGUGGACCUGGUCACAGGAGAGGAGGAUGAACAGGCCCUUUACUCACAGAGAGUAAAGCUCUUCAGGUUUGACGGAGACAUCAGCCAGUGGAAGGAGAGGGGUGUUGGGGUCCUCAAGUUCCUGAAGAACGCCACCAACGGCAGGUUGAGGGUGCUGAUGAGGAGAGAGCAGGUCCUGAAGGUGUGUGCCAACCACUGGAUCACCACCACCAUGAACCUGAAGCCCUUGGCUGGCUCCAACAAAGCCUGGAUGUGGCUGGCUAAUGACUUCUCAGAAGGAGAUGCCAGACUGGAGCAACUCGCCGCCAAGUUUAAAACCCCAGAGCUGGCUGAGGAGUUCAAGCUGAAAUUUGAGGAGUGUCAGAGGCUCCUGUUGGACAUCCCACUGCAGACUCCUCACAAGCUUGUCGACACAGGCAGAACUGCACAUCUCAUCCAGAAGGCAGAGGAGAUGAAGUCUGGUCUGAAAGACCUUAAAUCCUUCCUGACUGAUGACAAAACAAAGAUCAAGGAGGACGACAGCCAAGCUAACAACACGACAGCCAGUAACACCUCAGGUCUGAUCAUCAAGCCCCACGCGGAGAGCACUGGCCCUACCUUAGAAUGGGACAACUAUGACCUGAGAGAGGAGGCUCUGGACGACAGUGCUGACACAUCUGUCUACGCCUCACCCCUAGCAAGCAGCCCAAUCAGGAAGAACCUCUUCUGCUUUGGAGAAUCCACAGCUGGCUUUAACUUCAGCUUCCAGCCUGUCAUCAGUCCUGCCAAGUCGGCGGCCAAGCUGAACCAGAGCGGGGUGUCUGUGGACGAGGAGCAGGACGCGACCCUGGAGGAGGAGGAGAGGGAUGGCUUGUACUUUGAGCCUGUGGUUCCCCUGCCAGACCUGGUGGAGAUCUCCACUGGAGAGGAGAAUGAAAACGUAUGUUUCAGCCACAGAGCAAAGCUGUACCGCUAUGACAAAGACCUGAACCAGUGGAAGGAGAGGGGCAUCGGAGACCUCAAGAUACUGCAGAACUACGACACCAAACAAGUCAGACUCCUCAUGAGGCGGGACCAAGUCCUGAAGAUCUGCGCCAACCACUGGGUCACAUCUUCUAUGAAGUUGGAGCCCAUGAAGGGUGCUGAGAAGGCCUGGGUCUGGAGUGCUGUUGACUUUGCUGAGGUAGCGGAGGGAAAUGUGGAACAGUUAGCGGUGAGGUUCAAACUGCAGGAUGUAGCCAACUCCUUCAGAGACAUCUUUGACAAAGCUAAAACCGCCCAGGAGAAUGAGAUUCUGGUCACUCCCAUAGCCUCCUGUGAGGCCCCUCAGGAGGUAGCAACAGCUCCAGCCACAGGGACGACAGUGUGUGGACAGGCUGCUGUGGCCAUCCUGGAGGAGACCACCAGAGAACGGACUGAGCUGUCUUCUGAGACUUUCCACACCCCUGACAGCAAGGCCUCCACUUCCACACCACACAGCCCUCUCAACCCCUCUAAGAUGGUGGUGUCUCCUCCCAAGUUCCUCUUCGGAACCGACUCUCUCCAGAAGAUCUUCGGCAGCAGCCUCCCGUCGUCCAAGGAGGAUGUUUCUUCAGAGAGCUCGAAGGCUAAAGACAGCGGUCGGAUCGCCCAGCCCUCACCUGCAUUCAAAAUCCCAGAAAAGGGAUUGGAUUUUAGGCUUUUCAAAGAUAACCCAAUGGCUUUUUGGACCAGCGCCUCAUCCACCCAAUUUGAGCCCCCAGCACCCCCCCAGGUGAAGGCUGAUGAUGACGGUGAGGUGGAGGUGGUGUAUGAGAGGCAGCCGACUGCGGAGCAGGCUCUUCUGGCCAGGGAACUCCUGCUGCCUCUCACCUUCUUCUGCUACCAGAAUGAACCAGGAAACACUAGCGACGACCAGACAGACGAUGAGGACUUUGAGACAGCAGUUAAAGCCCUGAAUGGAAAACUGUACCAGGAUCCUCCUGAGAGAAAGGCUGCAAGUGCAGGUUCUGCAGCUCAGGCGGAGAUUGGUGUUGAGCCUGAGGCAGGUGCUGAGGGUUUGUACCCGGCGGUUGAGGUGGUGUGGGAGAAGAGGCCUACUCCAGAUGAGGAGCAGAAAGCCAAGACCCUGCAGCUGCAUCCAACUUUUUGUGGUGUAGGCGGCGAGGCAGAGGACUUUAAGCCAGAGGACUUUAAGCCAGAGGACUUUAAGCCAGAGGACUUUAAGCCAGAGGACUUUAAGCCAGAGGACUUUAAGCCAGAGGACUUUGAGACAGAGGACUUUGAGACAGAGGACUUUGAGACAGAGGACGCAGAGAGAAGCUCACACCCAGUUUCAUCUGAGGCUGUGUCCUCCAGCACCGGCGACACAGUGCCAGAACAACAGUUCCCAGACCAGUCCCCCAGCAGCCAAGAACAGGCUGCAGAUCAGUCUGAGGCAGAGGUUCAGUCCUCUACUGCAGAGGCUGAGUUCCCAGCUCAGUCGGUAACCAUCCAGGAGGCAGAGGUCCAGACCACUACAGAGGAGCAGCAGACUCCUGAUCAGUCACACUCCACUCCAACUCAGACUGCAGUCUCUAGCAGUGGGGAGCAGGCUCAAACUCCAAACCUUUCAGCAAAACCUGCUGCUAGUGCCCCAGCUUUGGUGACCCCCUUAUUUGGAUUUGGUGCACAGUUUGGCAAAAAGCCAGGGCAGUGGGAGUGUGACACAUGUCUUGUUAGAAAUGAGGAGUCUGCAAGCAGUUGUGUUUCUUGUCAAACUCCAAACCCUGCAGCCAGCAGUGGUGAGCAGGAUCCAGAUCAGUCAGACUCUAUUCCUGCAGCUACCAGCAGCAGCCCCAUAGACCUGUCUACCAAGAAGACCUCUGACUCCACGUCGACAUUUACUACAACCAUUACUCAUGAUGCUCCUAACACAUUUGGCUCCUUGGGCUUGAGUGAUCUGGGAGGGGAAGGGUUCUCCUUCGCUGAACUGGCACAGAACACCGGGGGUGAAUUCUCCUUCGGAAAACAAGAUUCUAACUUCUCGUGGGCGAAUGCCGGUGCUACGUUGUUUGGAGCUGCAGCCCCACCCAAAGCUGAGGGAGGGGAGGAGGGGAGCGAUGAAGAGGACGCUAAUAAUCUGGACAUUGACUUUGAACCCAUAGUCUCCCUACCAGAGGUGGAGACUAAGUCAGGGGAGGAGGAUGAGGAGAUCCUGUUUAAGGAGCGUACCAAGCUGUACCGCUGGGAGAGAGCCCUGGGCCAGUGGAAGGAGAGGGGUGUGGGCGACAUCAAGAUCCUCUUCCACCCUGAUAAGAGGUUCUACCGGGUGCUGAUGAGGAGGGAGCAGGUGCUGAAGGUGUGUGCCAAUCACACCAUCUGCCAGAGCAUGGAGCUCAAACCCAUGAACACCUCCAACCAAGCCCUUGUCUGGACCGCUACUGACUUUGCAGAGGGUGAGGGUAAGGUGGAGCAGUUGGCAGCCAAGUUCAAGACAGCAGAGCUGGCUGAGUGUUUCAGGAAAACCUUCUGUGAGUGUCAGAGCCGUAUGAGCCAGUCAGAGGCCUCCCCCCAGAUGUCCAGGGUCCAGGAACAUUCUAGAGACUCCAACCCCCAGGUGUACCUCUCGAUCACCGCUGACGACGAGCCCCUGGGAAUGGUCACCAUAGAACUGUUCUCUCACAUUGUCCCCAAGACUGCUGAGAACUUCAGAGCGCUGUGUACAGGACAGAAAGGCUUCGGGCUGCGCAACUCUGUCUUCCACAGGAUCGUUCCGGACUUCAUGUGUCAGGGUGGAGACCUCACCAACCAGGACGGGACAGGAGGGAAGUCCAUCUACGGGGACAAGUUUGAGGACGAGAACUUUGAUGUGCGCCACACGGGCCCAGGGCUGCUGUCCAUGGCCAAUCGCGGCCGAGACACCAACAACUCCCAGUUCUUCAUCACACUGAAGAAGGCUGAGCACCUGGACUUCAAACACGUGGCCUUUGGCUUCGUCAGAGAGGGCAUGGAUGUGGUCCGCAGCAUGGGAGAGCUGGGCACCAAGACUGGCAAACCCAGCAAGAAGAUUGUCAUCACUGAAUGUGGACAACUAUAGAGCUUGAGCUCAGGUCACUGACUGGACAACUCAACUAUAGGGCUGAGAUUUGGUCACUGAUUGGACGGCUAUGGGCCUUCUCUCUGGUCAUGGACUGAACAGUAAUAGGAUUUCAAACUGCGCACAAUUAUAGUAGGCAAAUAUCAAAUUAAUCCCUAUUCUCCAUAUAGUGCACUCUUUUUGAUCCGAGCCCCAAGUGGAGUGCACUAAGUGCUUUGGUAGUGCACUACGGGGGGAAUAGGGUUUCAUUUGAGACAGGGCCAGAGUCUCCUGAUCAGUGUUGCACUUGCUUCCCUGCUGCACCCGGAGGGCUGCACGUCCCUGUGUGAAUCCCCAGACCGUUUAUUUGUGUGUAUAAUGUACAUGGACUACUUUCUUUUGGUCUUUUUUUUUUGUGCAUGUGUUCCAAUAAGAGUUGACAGCGCUGGUUCCUUCAUAAGCGCCUGAACUCCAUUGUUUUGUGUAAUUAAGUCUUUAAUUAAGAUUAUUGAGACCUUGUUUAAAAACCAACCUCAGUUCGUUUGGGACAGCGUUCCUGCUGCCUGUGUAUACUUUUAGGUGUGUUUUUUGUGUGUAGGCUAUACAUUGAUUUCAUAAUGUGUAAAUUAUUGAGACUACACUUGUCCAUCUUAAACUAAACGGUACAAAUAUGAAGAACUAUUAAGUCUGACAAUUUGGGAGAGGCGACAGAUAAUAAAUAUUAUAUUUUAUGGUUGUAUAAGCACCCUCUAUGGUAUUCUGUUGAGAAUUCACAAUAGGGGGUUAACAAUUAUUAUUGUCAAUAAAUAAAUUGAAGAUG